GAAGAUGCUGCGUCACACACAGACAGGAAGCCAGCUCCUUUUCAAAACACUAACAGCACGCCCCUGUUCCGAGGCUCCACUGCUACUACCGCCGACAAUAACAGUUUUAUUUUGAAAGUCGUAACAGGAACCCCUUCUUUCCUACAUCCUGGGUGACUUCACGAUGUGUCACGCACACAAACUCGUCAGCCUGUCCCCGGACUGACUGAGACUCCGCUCGGCUGUUGGAUGUACGCGUUUGACAGAGGCGGUCACAUGGACACCAUGCGGGGACAAAGUUAGCGCCGAGUGAAAGUGGAUCCACUGAGAUGGAAGUCCGCAGACGCUCAUUUAACAGGAAAUAAAGAUCAGGGUCUGUCGACGAGCCUCACUCUGAAUCCCUGGUAACUAUGGAGACUGAGUUUGGAGAGAGACCAAACACAGACGCCUCCAUCCCGAGACUUCAGAGUGAAGCUGUGGCCAGUGAUCUGCAGGAGUUGUCCCUGCAGCCCACCCCCAACUUGCUGCCAGUCACAGAGAGGAAGAAUGUUCUCCAGCUGAAGCUACAACAGAGAAGGUCCAGAGAGGAGCUGGUCAAACAGGGGAUCAUGCCACCACUGAAAAGUCCAGCUUCCUUCCACGAACAGCGACGGAGCUUGGAACGAGCGCGGACUGAGGACUAUCUCAAGAGGAAGAUCAGGAGUCGGCCUGAGCGAUCCGAGCUGAUCAGAAUGCAUAUCCUCGAGGAGACGUCAGCGGAGCCGUCACUUCAGGCCAAGCAGCUGCAGCUGAAGAGAGCUCGGCUCGCUGAUGAUUUGAACGAUAAGAUCUCCCACCGGCCGGGGCCCAUGGAGCUGAUCCAUAAAAACAUCCUGCCCGUUCACUCCAGCAUUAAACAGGCCAUCAUAGAGACACAGUUUCCGAAGGCUUCGGGUGAUAACUCGUCAUGUGAUGAAGACAGCAACUACAGUCUGUCUCCAGAACUGCCGGUGAGCCAGGAGAGUCCUCUGGGCCUGCUGCCUGUGCCCUCUCCACCAGAGACACUGACCCGGAGCAGCCUCCCAUCUCCUAAUCAGGCGCCUCCUCCUGUUCCUCCUCCUCUACCACCAAUUUCUGGCUCCUCCCCCUCAUUAAAGCUGACCAACGGGACAGCAGGACCAUCGGCCCAGAGGACGAUCUCACAGAUAAAAUACCAGCCUAAACCGAACUGUGACCGCUCCGCCCAGAAACACAAGAAACCUAAGGACAACAAGCCAAAGAUUAAAAAGUUGAAGUACCACCAGUACAUCCCUCCUGACCAGAAGGGAGAUAAAGAGCCUCCUCCCCAUCUGGACUCAUCUUAUGCCAAAAUCCUCCAGCAGCAGCAGCUCUUCCUGCAGCUUCAGAUCCUCAACCAGCAGCAGCAGCACUACAACUACCACGCCAUCCUGCCUGCACCACCCAAACCUCAGGCAGAUCAGCAGCCAUCUUCUUCUUCCUCCUCCAAUCCCAUGAUCGCCUCUUCUCCGCCUCGACCUGUUGCCGCCCCUACAACAACACUGUCGAACCAGGGCAGUCACAGCUGUCAGAGUUCUGCCCCUUUGGGUGGGACAAAACCAGCGUCUCUACCUCCGAACCUGGACGAAAUGAAGGUCGCGGAACUGAAGUACGAGCUGAAGCUGCGUAGCUUGCCGGUCUCUGGCACAAAAAACGACCUCCUUGAGAGGCUGAGGACCUACCUGGAACUGAACGGAGGCAGUGACACUACCUCCUCUCUGGCAGCAGGGGGUACCACAGGGCCAGGGGCUGAAGCAGCAGGAGAGCCCUCCAAGACUGCUGCAACCACCACCACCAACACACUGCAGCAACAGUUUCAGUUCCAGUGCCAUCAGGCUUCUCUGACCGCUCAGUCAGCUGAUGCAGAUAGCAGCACCACCCCGGCCGUGGCCACAACUCAGCAGCUCGUUAGCUGUGGUGGCACCGCCUCCCCCCGAAACACCUCGCUCAGCCCCUCUGACCGCUCGCCAGCCGCCCUGAGCCCAGAAGACACCAGCUUCAACAGCAACCCCUUGGGGGAAAUGAUGAGUUCACCUCUCACCCAGCUGAGCCUUCAGCCGUGUUCAGCUGCUCAGCUUCCAAUUAACAUUAAAGAGGAGCCGAAGUGCUCCACCCCAGCACCCUGUCAGUUCUCUUUAAAGGCAGCCUCUCUGCAGAAACACUGUCUGGUCUCAACAAACGCCCUCACCACUACAACCACGGCCCCAGGAGUGGCUGUGGACAAAGACAGGAUGCUGCAGGAGAAAGACAGGCAGAUAGAGGAGUUGACCAGGAUGCUGAGGCAGAAGCAGAGGCUGGUGGAGGUGUUGAGGAUGCAGCUGGAGCAAGGGAAAAACAGAGGACGAGUUCCAGAGCCGCUGGUUCUCGUAAGAGUAAAACAGGAGCCUCCUGAUAAGCCCAGUGUCCCUCUCACAUUUGGGAAUCCGCCAUUACCCCGUCCAUCAUCAUCCGUUUCAUCUGAGAUGGAUGUCACCAAGGUAACUGUCAAACAGGAGGCCAUCGAGGCAGAAGAAGUUGUGUCCCAGAUGACUACGCAAUUACCAGACUGUCAUGGAUUGCCAAAGUCUUCCACCCAAACUCAGGGUACGCAAAUGAAGCCAGAUCAGAUGAGCACACAGAAAAAACAGCCACAUAUAUGUCUCCAGCAAACCGCUCUGCAGUUUGCCCAGCAACAGGCCAUACAGAAACUUUUGCCACAGCAGCAGCACAACAUUCAGAACCAGCGGAGGAUGAUUCAGAACUGCGGUCAGACGCUGGAGAAUCACCAGAAACUCGCCCAGCAGAGAAAAAAGAAAUCUCACAAACAGCAGCUAAAACAACUACAGCAACAACAGCUGUCAAAACAACAUCAGCAGCAGAUGCAGCUGAAGCAACAGAUCCUACUGAAGCAACAAAAGACGUUUCUACAGCAGCAAAAUAAGAAGCAGCAUCAGCAGACGAAACAACUCCAACAAAUCCAGAUACGGAAGCAACAAACGGUGCAACAGCAGGUGCCGCAGGUCUCUCAAACGUACCUCAACCAGCAGUCAGGCUCCGCCCCCUCCCUCCCACUGGAUCUCCUUAAGGGUAACUCCACCCCGACUCUGGUUACCGACAGCAACGGUAACCACUUCCUGAUCGCACUGACCAAUCACAUCCCUGAGAACCAAAGAACCUAUGCGCCUCAGACCAAAGCAGCCAAUCAAAUCACACUGCAGCGACUGCAGUCCGCUCCAGUCACGCUCACUGACCACCACCCCGAUCAGCUGCCGAAAGCUGAUAACCAAACCAAAAAGACUGAGCAUGUGGAAUUUCUGAAACAACAAAAGACAAAGCAACAGAGCCGAAGACUUCAGGUGUCUGCAGACCAGCCACAGCAGGUCCCCUCUCAUUGUUUGUCAGCCCCUCCCAGUCUGCAGCCUUUCUUCCAGGACCAGGAGACCACCCCCUCGGGGAAAGACACCUCAUCACCUUCCCCUCAAAUUGAGCUGUGUCCCGGUCUGGACACCUUGUUCAGUCCUCUGUCUCCAGCUUCCAUUAAGACCACCGCCUCAUCGCCUGAUAAUAAAGAUACAGAGCAUGAAGAUGAUUUCAUUGACAUCAUCUUGCAGAGAGGCGAAAUGUCGCCCACCUUCACAGCAGCACCAGACCCUUCUCUGGAUCCAAACUCUCCUCCUCCCUCACCUCUGCAGCUCUUGCUGUCGCCCCCCGUCCCUACCAGCCGUGACACCCUGCAUUCGCCCCCCUCGGUGCGGUCCGAACUCCGGACUCUCACGGACGCCGCAGAAGAGAGGCGACACCUGGGUGACGCCGGGAGCGGACGCCUGGAGGACUUUCUCGAAAGCACCACCGGCAAGCCUCUCCUGGGCGUGGAGCCAGGUGGCGCGUUGACUUUGAUCGAUGACCUGCACAGUCAAAUGCUGUGCACCCCCAGCAUCUUGGACCAUCCCCUGUCUCCCAUGGAUACCUCCGACAUGGCACCGGAAGGGGAGCCUGGGCUGGACAGUAUGGACUGGUUGGACCUCACCAUCGGAGAAGUGAGGGGAGAGGAAACCCCCACGCUGGCCCCACUCGGCCCCCAGACGCCUCCUAGUGUCUUUUCCACAGACUUCCUGGACACUUAUGACCUGCAGAUACACUGGGACUCCUGCCUCUAGCCUGCAGCGGCCGGGACACGAACAGUCGCACACACGCACAGAAACAUGUCAUUGAUUGCUGAGGCUUCAGUAUCUAAUUAGAGCACUCCAUCUGUGUCUUCUCACACACUGUUUUAUUGAAUCUUCAAGCACUUUGACCUUUUACUUAUUUUAUUUACAUGCUGUGAUAUUGAUCUUUGAGCAGACUCUUGUUAGGCAGGUCCUACGUCUGCUCUCGCCUCUUUCAGCAACAGUUUAGUUGACACAUUAGAGGGACUUUUGUGGAUUUGGACCCGAUCAUUAACGACUCACUUUUAACCGGUCGCUUUCAUAUAAAUGAAUCUAAUCUCUCUCUGUCACAGACACCAGGUUACAGUAGAGAAACGUAUCGGGUUAUUUGACCUUCUCCUAAUUGGACCGCAAGACCUUAUUUGCCUUUUGUUGUAAAGAUAAUCAAUAGUUUACCAGUGACGCUGAUCAAUAACCACAUUUAAGCCUGAAAGACAAUGAUUUUCUAACAACUUAUGAUGUCACAGGGUGGAAUAUAAAUGCUGUUUUGAUGCGAUCUGGAAAUAAGUUAUGAUCUGGAGACACUCUGCUGUAGCUAGUGUUGAUGGAACUGAUAUCACAAACAUACAGCAGGUCCAAACAUUUGGACAUCACAAACAACUUUUGACAUAUUUUAUCAAAUUUAUAUUCACCUCUGUGAGUUAUGUCAGCUAAUUCCUCAAGAAAUGCAACAUGAAUACAUUUUUGUCAACAACUUAGAAAAAACGUUAUUUAUUCAGAAAAAUCAAAGUUUUUACCUCCUUAUUGACAUUAAGAGAUUGUCACUCAAAAUCAUACAAUGCUAAACCAAAAUCUUGACUUGCAGUGUUGUGUAUUAGGGUAAAAGUUUGCGCUCUGAUUUUUUUUUCAUCACAGCAACACUGACCUUACAAAACCCAGAGCUCUGUUGCAAAAAACCUCAGAGUUCAGGCUUUGGCUUAAUUCCCAUUGCAAGAAGCAUCCCGACACCCUUUAUUCAGGUGAAACAAAACAUAUUGAGCACUUUGCUACAGUCAAGGCUGUGGUAACAAUUGUCUGAUUGUAUUCUAGUGUAUCAGAAUGUGUAAGAGCUCCAUGAUUCGAUAACACUCAGGUAAUUCAACUAGAAUAAAAAAGCAUGUAAGGAUGCAUUUAAAAGAGUCCCUGAAAUAAUCUCUACACAACUCCUUCAAAGCACAAGCAGUGAGUGCAUUAUUAAUGACGGAGACGUAUGCUCAUUUUCAGGUUCAUCAUUUUAAGAACCCGAAUACCAGGUCUGCUCUGAUUGGUCAGCUCACACACACCUGAGUCAGCACCGCUCACCGUGGCUCCUGUCUGCUCUGUCAGGUUUUCAGCUUCACUUCUACCGUGAAUAUAGACAUGAAUUAUGCAAAUGUGUGACACGGUGACGUAGAGUGAUGUCACAAGGUUACAGGAUUAAAGGCGGGACUACUGACGAGGCGUUUAAGGUACUUCAGGAGUGUUUUCUGUGGGAGAGAGGAGCUCCUUCUAGACCUUUUAUAUGCACACGAACCCAUGUAGCACACUGAAGGAAAGCAAACAAAAAAAAAAGCGUUAUAGGUCUCCUUUAACUUAAACUGUUUUGGAACCGACACCACAGUGAUUUUUCAUGUUUUCUUCUAGUUUAUAAACGUAUUUUCUGUACGUUCAGCUAUUAUGCGAUAGUGAUUCCUGCAGAUUACGAUAACAAAGUAAACUUGAAUGGUCCAAUUUGUUUGGAACAAUUUCAAAGAGUAAUAUUAAAUUGAUAUUUAAUAUUUUUUGCAUGUUCAGAAUGUUGCUGUUUUUGUAAAAAGUUGCCGUCCGAAUGUGCCACAUGUGUCUUAUUUUUUUACGCGACACGAUGCUACUUUAUAGAAAAUGUUAUGCACGUUUUUGUAUUCUGAUUUCAUGCAAAGGCCUUUGUCGUGAAACCUUUCAAAUGUAAAUGUGGAGUUGGUUCAUCGUACAUGAACGACGCUCCUCCACAGACAUGCUCACUGCUUUAUGUUUACAUACAGUACGGUCACAGCAGGCUUAUUUUUACGGUUUAUUCGGACACUUUGUCUUGAAAAGUGCCACGCUGACUCCCUCUCUGUCUGAACUUGUUCUAAAGAAUAAGUUUACAUGUACACAGAAAAGGAAACUGCAGCUUUAGGAAUCUUCAUACAUGAUUCAGUCGGAUAAAAAAAAAAAACCUUCUUCAUAGAGAUUUCAAUGGUGAUGGCUAUCCUGUACUGUAUCAGUACUUUUGCCGUUGUGGUUGAUUUAAGUCCUUUUACUCUUUUGAGUUUUUAUAUGCUGUAAAAUACCAGUUUAGACACUGAAAAUGUAUUUUAACACAUAUACAGUUUGCAUAAACUGUGACUUUCUCCGUUUCUGACAAAAUGUCUGUCAUGAAGUCAAAAAUCUCGAGACGUACUCAUCGUUGCGAAGACGAACACACAGUUAAUUUUUUGAUUCUUACCAUAGUACACUUCUAUGCAAACGUACUGCAACAUACUGUACAUUUGUAAUCAUAUUUUUACUUUAUGCAUUAAGUUGAGUCGGCUACUAAGAUUUACCAGGUUAUGCGGUAGACACAUUGCGUCUGCUAUUUAUGCAGGUUUUACUGAUGAUUUCCUGAUUUGGUGGGGAUGCUAAAUGGCGUGAAGUGUUAGUCGAGGUACAGCCUUCUUGAUUUCCUGACUUUGUUAGCAUUUUUCCAAGACUGUCUUAAAGCCCGGGUCACGUCAGGAGCCCACUGAAAUACUGAACCUGUUCACACACUGUACAGAUCCCUUCAUAAUGUGCGAAGAAAAUCCUCGUUCUGUGAGAAAAGCAUUUUUCUUCUUUACUCUUUGCAGUUAUCUAGUACAAAUGCUGAUGUAUUAUUUUGGUUUUAAACAUUAAGAUAAUGUUUUAUGAGAGUAUAGAGUCAGGUAUUGACUCCAGACCUGGUUUGAAUACUCCAUAGUUACAAUCACGUGUGUGAUUCACUCACCUUUUUAUGUGUGUUUUUGUUGAAAUUUGUACGAAUUAAGUGCCUGUCAUGAAGUACCAAACACUCUUUAACUCUGUCAAAUGUAUAUUAGUUUGACAGGAAUUUUCUACGGAAGCCUUGAGGGGCAAGUGAAGAAAGUUAAAUCUAAAUAGUUUUCUCUCCCGUGUUUAUCACUUGAGAACUGCAAGGAUAAUCUUUCUGAGUACCUUCAUUUUUUUUUUGCAUCUGUGAAAAUAUGUGAUUUUUAGAAUAAAUAUUAAUAUUAAUAUGUUAAAUGUUUUUAAAUACCAUUUUCCCCUUUAAAAAAUACAGGGGAACAUUUCCUUUUUAUGUGAAAGAAAUUCAGGAGAUAAUAUUAUUUAUUAUAAUUUUUUUAUUAUGUAUGUGUGUGUAUGAAACCAAGUGGGGGAAAAAAAAGCAUUUAACUGAAUUUAAAAAAAGGGUAGCAGAGAAUUUUUUGUUUUUUAUCUCAAGUGUUUUUUUAAAAACCCAUUUUGACCGCAAGAGGCUGACAUGCAUUACUACCCCAUGUUCUAAAUAGCACUAAAAGCAUUGAUGGAACGUAGAAAUAUUUGUUUUCCUGGAAAAACUUUUUCACCUGGUUUCACCUGUAAAAAAAAAGAAAAACAAUUCCCCUUACAUUUUUGGAAUUAAUUUAGUUCAAAAUAGAAGGAUUACUAGAGGGUUAUUAAAAAAUGUCCCACCAGUUUGAAGUCACAAACACAGGAGAGAAAACCAUUUAAAUCAGUCUUGGCCCCCUCAGGGCUUCCACAGUUUUCAAAUAAGAGGAAAGUGUUUUCUGCUGUAUUAUUUCUCCAAGUGCUGAGUCGCGUCAUGUAAAUGUGUUGGGGUUUUGGGAGCUUUAAAUGUAAGUAUUUCUUUUUCUAAAAACAAAAGGGGAAAUAUUGAUUAAAAAAAAAAAAAGAAAUCA